AUGACGAUUCAAGUUGGUGACAGUCAGAUUGUGGUGCUGAAACCACAACUGCCUGGUGGAGGGCUGACUCUGGAGUCGGUCAGGAGAAUGCCUGUUUCAAGUCAUGUCAUUCCUGAUGCAGGAGAUGGCGCACCUGUAAGCAUGCCUUCACACAGUCCCGUUCCUGUUCCUGCUUCUCAGAAGACAUGCUGUCGAUGUGGGAAGAUCUAUGGUGUGACUUCUACAGGCAGACACAGCAGGACAGAGGGAUGUCACUACCACUUUGGCCGAGUGGUGAGUCAUAAAGUCCUUGGCAGCCUAGAAAGGCGGUACAGCUGUUACAGAGCUGUUCUUGGAUCCCCCGGGGUGUCAGGUCGCCAAGCAUCAUGUUCACAACCAAAGAGAAAACCAAGGGGGCUUUGUGAAGACGUCGGUCGUGUUCCCACCCCUCGUCAGGAAUCACCGUGUGUUUGCUGUGAGCUGGGAGGUGGCCCGUUGUUUUGCUACGCAGCCAAAGGUUUGGAACUUACUCAAGUAACAGUGAUGGAUCCCAGCCUCCAGGUGGUCUGUGAUACAUUUGUGAAACCAGAUGAAGAGGUCAUUGACUAUAACACUAGGUUUUCUGGUGUGGUUGAAGAUGACUUGAAGAACAUGAAGACCUCAGUCCGUGAUGUGCAAACUAUCUUAUUGAACCUCUUCAGUGCUGACACUAUACUAAUUGGACAUAGCUUUGAACACAGUCUCUCUGCGCUUAAGUUAAUUCAUACUUCGGUUGUGGACACGAUGGUUCUGUUCCCUCAUCCGCUAGGCUUGCCUCACAAAAGAUCCCGGAAGGGCUUAGUGGCUGACUGCCUGCAGAGUCAUUCAGCAUGA